AUUGUUCACGCGUGACAAUGACGACUGACGCGUCGGCGCUUCUUGAUGAGUUGAUGGGCAGGACUCGGAAUUUGCUUCCCUCAGAGAAGCACCUUGCAAACGAGCGACGUUGGUCUGAUUCCGACGUAUGCAAAUACUUUCUGUGCGGAUUCUGCCCGCACGAGCUGUUUACCAAUACGAAAGCGGAUUUGGGCUCUUGUAGUAAAGUACAUGACGAGGAACUGAAGAGAAACUAUGAGGAGAGUGAUUCGAAAUGGAAGCGAGGUUACGAAGAAGACUUCCUUCGCUACUUAGAGAGUAUUGUUGGUGACAUGGACAAGAAGAUAGAUCGCGGACGUGGUCGACUGAAACAGAAUGAAGAAUAUGUGAAAGAGGAGACUAAGAGAAUGCCACCUGAGAAAACAGAACGUGUGAAGAAACUUUCUGAGGCUAUUAGCCAACAAGUUCAGAAGAUGGAGGAUCUGGGCAAUGAUGGAUUAGUAGAGGAGGCUCAAGAAGUCAUGCAAAAAGUUGAACAACUGAAACGAGAAAGAGACACAAUUCUUAUGGCCAAUAAAUCUGCUCUAGCCAUAAUGCUGGACGACAACGUUGAGAAACGAAUGGAAGUAUGCGACGUCUGUGGUUCGUUCCUUGUUGUCAAUGAUCUGCAGGUUCGCGUCGAUGCUCACGUGUCCGGCAAGCAGCACAGAGGAUUUGCCAUGUUGAGAGACAAGAUCAGAGAAGUCAAGGUUGAAUGAGAUAAAGUGGGAUGUAACAGCAAACUGAUAGGGAAGGGUAUUAAGUAGAACACGUUUAUCGAAGCGGUAGAGUCUGCUGCAGUGGAAUGUGGCCCACCAUCGUAAACAGACAUCAAUCAGGUUAGAGUGUGUCAUGCACUACCAAAAGUCAGCGUAUUGUUGUGAGAACAGGCGGCUGUGACUAAUAUUCUUGCCAGAACAACCAGUUCCGUACACUUUGAAGGUAACAAUGUUUCUCGGCCUUAACGUUUGCAUUGCAUGCACGACGUGCUUGUCCCUAUUUACUAACUCAAGUUACGCGCUAAAGAUUGAAGAAGAAUUUGUGAAGUGUUUCGAUGUGACUCGUACAGAAAAGGGAAAAAAUCGAGGUUAGACGUGUGUUGCAGUUUACGACCUACCGGCUGUUUGUAGACGCGGGAAGCUUUGGUUGUAUUCAGUAACUGAUUUUGGCUCGUCUGAUUAUGUAUGAUAGGCGGAGAAGGAGAAAAUCAGGGACGAGCGUCGUCGCGACUGGCAGCAGCAGAGGAACACAAGAGAAAGUGAUUACAAUGGGAGACAACACGGCGAUCGGCACCGAGACAGACGGGAUGAGAGAAGAGAUGAGAGGCGACACAGG